AUGACAAGGAGCAGGUUAAAUUCAGAAACACAUGAGGAAACGCAGAAAUCGAUUCUGAAGAACGCCAAAUUACCUAUGGAUUCGGCAGCGGUCAUUGAGCCGAGUACAAGUGAGGAAAAAUCCAAAGAAAAUGGCGAUGAACAAUCAACCCUGCAUGCGUACGAGAAGAAUCGGCAAACAGAGCAUCAUCUACGUCCACACGGUGGUUCGGUAGCGAUGAUUGAGCGUCAGAUGUCAAAAUCACAAGCGCCAACGGCGACUGUAAUGCCGACACCUACAUCUACAGAAAGAAAAUUCACGGACUCGUUCUAUUGGAUGUCACAUUUGCACAAGAAAGUCGGACUUAGUCAUAUCAUACUUCUAUUGGUUCUGGCUGCCUAUACAACACUUGGAGCCGUUGUCUUCUACUACCUGGAGACACCAAAUGAGCGACUGGUGGUUGCUGAGCGGAAAGUGAUACUGGAUAACCGAAUCGAACAGCUCGCAGAGUAUCUCAGUGAAAUGGCAGAAAACAAAACUGCUGAAGAAUUGGCGUUGGAUGUGAAGGCGCGCUACCAAUGGUCGAUCGUUUCUAUCGAUCGGCUGUAUCCUCUGAAAAUUGAAGAACUACAAAUGGACGUAGGCAGCAGUUUCUUUCUUCGGCGCAUGAACGUCUACACAACGAACAGGUUACGAUCAAUCGCACCUGAGACUCGUGCUGGCCAGUGGUUCGUUAUCAUCUAUGGUUUCAUUUUCGUACCGGUGACAUUGGUAGUGGUUCGUGACCUCGGCCAGUGGUUACUCUUGGUCAUUACAAGAUUCUACGCCAGGAUGUUGUUGAAAUACAGGUACUAUCGGAUGUUUCAUUUUUGA